GAUGUGCCCUGUUUCGUGUUUCUUAUUUUGGUAAACGGGGAUGAUUGCGGCUGUUGUGUAGUUUGAUGUGGUGAAGGUUGGGGUGGUGGAGGUUCGAGGCUUUUGAAGCGGAUGCAAGUGGGGGUGUUCUGGGGAUGAAUCCAACUGAGGCUUGGUGGGUUUGUCGUGACACUGGUCGUAACCUGGCUGAUUGUAGUGACCGUCGGGUGGUAUGUGGUUGUUUUUUGGGUUUCUGCGGCGUUAAGGGUUUGAGGUGAUGCCUGAGAAGGGUUUUGGAGGACUAAAAUAAUUGUUUUGUUACACUGAGGGUUCACUCUGGCAGCCUUUAUUAUUCAUCCGUCUCGCACCGGUGGGCAGGUGUGGGGCCUUGGCGGUUGCCCAGCCCUUGCUGGACAUCAGAAAGCUAGGCACUCGCAGGUCUGGAGGGCUUGUCGCAUGGUGCAGGGGUUGGCAUUAGAUUACGGCUAAUAUGGCUUAUGGGGCGACCCUUUGAUUGAUAUCAAUGUAGACAGUUGGGUUGGGGUCAGGAUUUGGCCUCCUAUCCUUGUCUUUCGACUACAAUGUAAACGAUUUCAGUAUUCUUUCUUAGUUUUGGUUUUCAUCUAUCCGUAUCUCAAAGGAAAAGAGCAAGAAAAAAAAUACAAACUGCGAAAAAAGAAAAAAGAAAAAAACAACGCACUUCCAGAACAUUACGUGUAUUGAUUACAUGUCAAUUGUUCCAGCUGAGGUAUUUUAGCAUGUUGCGUGUAUAAUUUACCCCAUAGAUACAAGGUACCCUACAAUUUGAUGGAAUUUAUCGAGGGCGGUUUCUGUGGUAAAGACGUUUUGGGUUGGAAGGUGGUACGUGUGGAGGAAAGGGGUUUGAGGAAGGUGGUAUUCGGUCUUGACCUGUAUUGCGACCUUUGUGGCGUAAGGGAUCAUGGCAAAGAUACAUUGUUUGACUUCAAUGUUUGUUCGGAAGACAAAGAUGAAGAAUUCCACUCCAGCAGAAUCUGUACACAGUGAAAGCGUUUGGGAGUUAUCUCAGAAGCAACUAUUGUCGAAAGACGGUGAUCAUCUGUCCGAGAGUUCUCAGAAAGACCUUAUGGCAAAGGACUAUAGUCCCUGUAUAAUGGCAGAUCCGACAAUCGACAAUGAAAAGCUUUUGACUGUGCCUGUUGGCAACACAUCGAAGAAGCUUCUCUCCGUUUCUUCGAUAGCAAAGAAAGAUAACGUGUUGUGCUGGACAGAGCUAGAUCUCCCUCCUUCUGUUGAUGCAUCGAAAGCAAGUCAUGCCGAAUUAUUUGAAUUUGACACAGGAGCUUUAGAUAAGAUAAAAUACGAAAGGGCUGAUAGCUAUGACAAGCAUGUAGCUAGUGUUGCAGAGGCUGAAAGCUUCCCCCUUCUCCCAUCUGUGGUGGAUCUCGAGCAGAGGCACGAUCCUUGUGGCUGCCUGGCUAAGUUCAAAGGUGCAUAUGACGAGAUAUGGGUUGGACAAAAGCUCUCUUAUCCUUGUCCAUUUGUCUUCCUGGAUGCCGUUUCUGGUCAGACUCCUGCUUUGCCUUCGUGCUCACCAUCGAACUCUUUUGGAUUUGCAUCUCGUUGUGGUCUGUUGCUCCCUUUGCAGUCUCGAAAUCUGUGCUUGACUGCUCUUGAUGUUGCUUGCCGCUUGAGGUUUGUCUGUACUUAUCUGCUUGUCUGCCUGCUUGGGUUCUAG